CCCCGUUAUUGUGUGUGCGCAUGCGCAGUGCAUAGUUGUUGAUGUGUUAAUGGCAGUUGUCUGACAAGGUUCAUCCAGAAUGGGUAUCAAUCGUGAUAGUAACAGGGAUUAUUACGACCCUGAGAUUAUCGAAGAUGACUUGGUCUUACUUGACACGGUCAUUGAAUGCCCAGAUGAAGGUGUCAGCAACAUAAAGAAACCAUCCAGGUUGACCAAGUACCACAGUUCUAAAAAACUUGGUUCUUUAUAUACCUCCAUUGACGACCUGUAUGUCCGUAAGAAGCUUGGUGCUAAUAAAAGUCGCCGAUGUGAAAACUUAUGCUAUCUCCUGAAUCUGGUUGACAAAGAUGACUGGGGAAACUUGGAGAAAAUCGACCGUGUUGAGCCCAGGAGGUCAGUCUUUGCCGAGAUUUUAAUGGACAAAGAGAAAUGGAAGGUUUGGAAUGAUUUCAUUAACCAAUCAGAAGAAGAGCAGCAAAAAAUCUUGCAAAAAUCUAACAGUCGUAAUUCACGCUACCAAAGAAGUAAGUCCGACCAGAUUUUAAAAGACAAAGAUUUGAAUCAAGAGAAUUGGGAAAUUGUUCCUGAUAUGAGAGCUGCCCAUCCAGCACAUACUGCCGAACAGUGUUUUCAAAAACUUGAUCGGAACAUCAGAGCAACCUUGAAGCGACGUCAUUUCCCUCAAGGCUUGCUAUUGACCAUUGAGGAAGAUUUGAUCUCCUUCUUCAAAGAGUGGCCAACUGCUGUUUACAUAUCCCAGCUUGCCAAUAGCUUUGAACGACUUCUCCUUCAUGCUCUCUGCCAAUAUCUGGGCUUAAAAUCAAAAAGUUUCGAAGAAGAAGGCAUCAGGAGAAUUGAAGUGGAAAAUUCCAAGGACUACUUCAGGCCUCCAAAUGUUCUACUGAGCCAGUAUAUUCAGAAAAACCAGUGAUUCUAGAAGCAUCAUCUUUUAUUUUGAAGAUAGAUAGAUAAACAGAAACUCAGCUAGUUGCCUUUUUCCAAUCUAUGUUUUACCAUCUUUCUACUAACUUCUCUUUAAUAUGAGUCUUUAUUUUUUUUAUUUAUCCCAUUGCUUAUAUUGGGAAAUAAGGAGUAUUUUAUUACUAAUUAUUUUUAAUUUGUAUCAAUAAUUAUCUCCAAAUAUUAAUUUUAAAAAUUUUGAUUGACAGCUUUCAAACUUUCAAAAACAUUUAUAAAAAAUGUUGUGAGAUUUUUAUAGUAAAACCUGGCUGUAUGCCAGUUAUUUUUUAUUUAUGGAAAGUUUUAUUUCUAUUCUCUAUUUCCUAAACCAAUUCUCUUUCACUUUUAUAUUCUAAUAAAAAAUAUUUUAACAUAACUUAUAAUAAAAUCAACUGAAUUUGUUGCUGUUGUUUAAUAAUAUUCUAAAAAGCUUUAAGAAUAAUUCAUUUAUUUUUGAGUGUUAGUUUAAUGAUAUAUUGGCAUGUUAACUUCUUUUUAAGUUAGCUUCAGUUCAUGAGAAGGGUUCUUAACGAAAACUGCUCAGCAAAUUUUUUUGAUCUCUGGCUUAUGUAAAUAUCUGUUUGGGUUUUUGAAAAAAGUAAUAUUGUAUUUUGAGAAUUAUCUUGCUGUCAGGCAUGUGUUUCUUUUUAUCUUUCUAUUUACCACAUAUAUCACAGUAACAGUGUGUAUCUCUAAAUGUUAUCUACAGGAGGUACAUCAAUCCACAAACACAUUGAUAUGGUUGUCUACAUCUACAACUAUAAGUACUUGCUUUUUGGCUGUUGGUUUCUACUGACUUCCAAAUGAAUUACUUGUUUUAACAUCCUUUUUAAACCAUACAUAGCAUAAUUCUUAUUUAUGAUAUUGAUUAAAAAAAAAUAUAACAAUAAUAAUUUGAUAAUCUAUUAAUAGAAAAUAUCAGUUCACUUUUUAAAAAUAAAAGUCUACUCUUAUUUGUCUAAAAAUAAUAAACUAACAUUUACAAUUUUUUGCUUAUAUUCCAUCCAAGUAUUUUAAGACUUGUAUAUGGAACUAUAUGUAUAUAUAUUUAUAUAUAUAUGCCUUGUUGGACUCAGUUUGGUCUGUUCAUUACCUCAUGAGUCAAUAAAAUACCAGUAAUAUAUAGGGAGUCUAUUCAAUCAAUCAAUUAUUACUCUCCUUUUAAAAAAUAAAAUGCAUUUGUGGCUAGUCAAAGGACAUCAGCAUUUGAAAAUGGAUAAGAAUUAUCAUGUUUAAAUAUUUUUCUUUGUUAGCUUUUCAUGUGUUGCUUACAUGUUACUUCUUGUUAUUUUCUAUGAAAUUAAAUUUCUUCUCGAUGUUAUUAACAUUCUGAUUGUUGUCAAACACUGUUUUGUCAGAUAAUUUGUAAAUUACUGAAGCAAGCUGAUGUAUGUGUUUUUCAAUAAUUGUCUAAUAAUUAAGGCUUCAUUUUUAAUUAGUAGCCCAAAGUAUAUGAAUGUUGAACACAUGUAGAACAUACUUUUUUUUAAAAUCACCUUUUAACAUUUUUAAAAUUUCAUUUACUGCUCCAGCCACAAUCAAAUUCUAGCCUGCAGCUCGAAAUCACUGGCAAAGACUUACUAAUGUAAAGUUUUUAAAAGUCUAUGCUGUUUAUAUAUAUAUAUACAUAUAUAUAUAUAUAAUAUUUGUAGGAAGACACUGCACAAAAGAUAAUACAAACAUGUACGAAAGUCUAUGGUUUUGCAUAGUUAUCACACUAUACACUUUGAACCAGCGAUUCCUUUGAUCUUUCUCUGAUUACAAAUCAAUUAGUAGUUUGGUUUUUAUUAGCUCCAAUUGCAGAUAUAUGACAAAAACCUCAGUAAUAACAGUAUCUGUUUGUAAUGACUGUGGAGAAAUAGUUUUCUGCCUUCUAUUACCUGAAACAGUUCUAGCUUUGUAUGCUAAUGUUUUAGACAUUAAGUUCUCCUCUGGGCCUUUUGAGAGCAGGAAAGGUUGACAGUGUCUCCCAAGUUUCAUCAUGGACUGGCUUCCCCGGACUGUCUGAGGAAGUCACUUUAUGGCAAAGCUUUGAAGUUACUGUUAAUUGUUCCCUUGUAAAAAAUUAAUUUUACGUCUUUCUUAAAUCCAUUGAGUAAUCCUUCAGUUAAUGCUUAACUGAUUAUGAAUAAAGAAAAAAACACUAAGGGUACACACACACACACACAUGUAUAUACAAACAUUUUAACUAAGCAGUUAAGGGUAAUUCAGUUGUAAUAAAUACUUAUCCUUUUAAAUAUUCCAAGAAAAAGUGCCUCCCUGGAAUUUAGUCUCUUUUCCCUGUGUUGUCAGAACUUUCAUUAAAAGGCUCUGCCUAAAACAGCAGGUUAUCUUCUCAGCUUACAAAUUAUUCAACCUCCUGAAUUUUUUUGAACUGAUCUUUUCCAAUGCAGAGAAAAAGACUUUUACUUUCUUCUGGUUCUACAGCUUGGCAUCGUUUAUUUACGUUGUAAGAGGCUAGAACCUUUUGAGUUUUGGUAAAAGCUGUCGAAAAUAUCCAUUCUGCUGGAGUUAAUAAAGCUAAUUUAUAUCUGUUCAUCACCACAGUGAUCAGAAGUAUGAGAAAUAAUUAGGAUAUUACUGGCUUCUUUCUAUUAAAAUGUCAAUAAUAGAAUCCCCAAAUCAUUCCUAUCUUAUUAUAAAAUGAUCAUCUUUUUGCUUUCGUUUUUUUAAUGUUAAGUAUAGUUUUAAAAUUAUGCUAAUAGCUAUAAUUAAUUUUUAACUAUAAUUAGUU